AUGAACCCUAAAGGAUAUAAAUUUUAAUUGAAUAUUCAUGUUGAGAAGGUUUAAAUUAAUAUAAAUUUUCAAUGUAAGAUGUAAGUACUUUUAAAAAGAGGUAAUGUUUAUUUAUAUAUGAUGUAGGAAAUUAAAAAGUUGAAACACAAUAAUUAGCAGAUUUCAAUAAGGGUACUGCAUUAAUAAAUGAAACAUUAUCAUUAUAGAGUAAUAUAUUUUAAGUGAAUGGAAUUUAUCAAGAGAAAAAAGCAUUAAUAACAGUUGUUAUAAUUACUGAUAAAGGCAAUAAGGCAGCAGGUUAAUGCUCUAUAGAUUUCUCAACAUAUUUGAAUCAACAAAAAUAUGGUAUUUUUAAUGGCAAACAUAGAUAUCUAUGAGUAAUUUCAUUUAGAUAAGUGUCCAGAUAAGCAUGCAAAAAUAUUCACAAAAAUUAAAUUUAUAUUAUUAGGAGAAGUUGAUAUUGAUACAAUUAGUUAAGCAUAAUCAAUAACAGAAGAAUAAGCUACUGAUAAAAAAUAACCAAUUUCUACACCAGAUAAAUAAUAAACUGAAAGCACAGCUAAAAAAAACUUUUUUGAAAUUCAAUAAAUUAAACCUGAUUCAACUAAAUAAAAUUAGAAUGAAACUCCAUAAAUAAGCGAUAUUGAGCAAGCAAUAGUUUCAUCUAAGUAAGUUCUUACAACAUCUACAAUUCCUUAAUCUUAAUUAAAUCUUUCAUAACAUAGCGAAGAAUUAAAUGAAUUAAGAAAGAUGAAUACUGAAAUUAAAGAUUAAAAUAAUUUAUUAUUAUAAGAAAUUCAAAAAGAAAAAUUGUAAAAGGAGUAAUUAUUAUAAAUAGUGCAAAAUUUGAAAUAAUAAUUAGAUUAAAACAUCAAUAAUAAUAAAUAUUAAGAAUAAAUUCUGAAUUAUGAUAAGAAAGUAAUAUAAAUAUAAGAAAUCUUAUAAUAAUCAUAAAUCGAUAAUGAAAAUUUAACUAAAUAAUACAAAAUGAUCGUAUAAAAGCAAAACAAUUUGUAAGAAGAAUAUAAUACACUAAAAGAAGCAUUUUUAAUUGAAAAAGAUAAUGCUAGAUCUUUUAAGGAAAAAUUACAAUAAAAUCAAGAAAUUUAUUAAUAAAAAGAUAUUUUAAAUUAAGAUUUAAAUAUAAAAAACUAAGAAUUAGUGAAUAAGAUAAAGGAGUUAGAGGAUUAAAUUAAUCUAUUAAAUUAAUAAAUUUUAUCACUUAAUAGAACAAAAGAUGAAAGUGAUAAAAAGAUUAUUUAAUAGAAAGAUUAAAUUUAAUAAUUAGAAUAAUAAGUUUAAUAAUAGCAUUUUUAAUAUAGUUCAUUAAAUGAUCAAUAAAAGAUUGUAGAUUAAUAAGUAAAUAUAUAUAAUAAUCAAAAUAGAUUUCAUAAUAUUAGUAAAAGAUUUAAGAAUAGUAAUCUUAAAUUUUGAUUCAAUAACAAUAAAUGAAUCAAAUGAAAAUGACUCUUUAAUAGGAUAAUGAAUAAAAACUAAAAGAAUUUUAAAUAAUCAAUGAAAAAUUGUAAAAAGAAUUAUAAGAAAAAAUAGUUGAUUAUUAAAAGUUAUAAAAUGAGAAUUAAUUAAAAGUAAAAUAGAUGAUAGAGUAGCAUUCUUAAGAAAUAAAAUCCUGUUCUGAAACUAUAUAUAAAUAAUUAAUGCCUGAAAUAAAUUAAUUAAAAUAAGAGAAAACUUCAUUGGAAUAGGCAAAUAUUUUAUAAUAAGAAUAAUUAAAAGUUUAAGAAUCUUAAAUUGAAUAAUCAACUAUUAGAGAAACAUAGUUUAAAUAAGUUAUCCAUAGUAAUGAGGCAUAAUUAACAAAAUUGUAAAAAUUAAUAAAUGAUAUUUUUGCUGAAACUUAAAUUUUUAUUAAAUAAUUUCUAACUUUAGAAAACUUUGAUAAUGAGGCAUAAAUUCCAAAUAUAUUACCUAAAUUAUAUUCUUAAAUAAAUUCUAAUAUUUAUAAACUAUAAUCAGAAAUAGAUUUAUUGAACUCCUAAAUAUAAUUAUAAGAUGAAAAAUAUAAAGACAGAAGUACAAAUUAAUAGGAUUAAUUAAUUAAUCAAUUGUAAAAUAAGAAUUGCGAAAUUAAUGAUUUAAAAUAAGCAUUUGAAAAUCUAAAAAAUUAGAAUUAACUUUUACAUGUAGAAAAUGAAAAUAUAAAAAAAAAUUUAAAUGAAAUAACAAAUUAAUUAAAUUAGAAUGAGACUGAAUAUAAAUAACAGAGAUUAAUUAAUGAAGACAACAUUUAAAAGUAAAACAAAUAAUUAAUAGAUGAAUAAAAUUUGAAUUAAAAAUUAUAAUAUAAUUUAAAGAAUUUGAAAUCUGAGUUAUAAGAAAUUGAGUUAAAGUACUCAAACUAAAUUUCAAAUGCUGAUGUAAAAAUCAACCAACUUGUUUAUGAACUCAAAUAACAAGAAAAUAUAAUAAAUGAUUAAAGUCAUUAACUUAUAGAAAAUGAUAAGAUAAUUUAAGAAUCUUAAAAAUCAAAUUAAUAAUUAUAGAAUUUAAUUUAAGAAUAGUUAUAGUAAAUUGAAUAAAAUAAAAUCUUAUAAUCUUAAUACGAAUAAAAGCUAAAGACAAUAUAACAGGAAAAUAAUGAAUUUCAAGAAUAAAUUAAUUCUUUAAACCUUUAAUUAAAAUCAUAUCAAGAAAAGAUCCCUGAAGUACAAAGAAAUGCUAAAGAACAUGAGGAUAUUUUAAACUAAAAUUAAUAGGUUAUAUAAGAAUAGUAAACCAUGAUUGAAUAAUUAGAAUAAAAAAUCAAAGCUUAAAUUGAUGAAUAUAAACAAAGAUUAGAUUAAUAAGAUAAAUUCCAUAAAAUAGAAUUAUAAUCAUAAAAUGAAUAAAAUUAAAACAGAAUUCAAUAAAUAGAAGAAGAAUUAAGAAUUUAAAAUUAAAUUUCAUUAGAACAGAAAGUUAAAAUUGAGGAAUCUUAAAAUUAGGAUUAACUUUAGAAUUGUUUAUCUAAAUUAGAAUAGUUAAAGCUUGAAAAUAAUACAUUAAAAUAGUAAAAUUAAGAAUUAGAAAAUUUGCAUAAUAAUUUAAAAUAAAACCUUAUAUUAGUUGAUAAAAAGAACUAAGAAUAAUAGCAGUAGUUGGAAUAAUAGUAAAAAUAAAUAUUAGCAUUAUAAGAUAGGAUAAAAGAAAUGGAUAGCAAAUUAAAAAAUCUAGAAAUUGAAAAAAAUUCAAUUACUAACAAAUUAACAAAUGAUUUGUAGGAAUUACAAUAAUAGCUGUUUAGUGAAAAUGAUGAAUGGUAAAAGGAGAAAGAAAUUAUUUAAAAAUAAGUUGAAGAACUUGAAACUUAAAUUGAGAUAAUGAAAGAGUCAUUAAAAGAAAAGGAAUAACAAUUACAUAUGAUUUAAGAAUAGAAUUUAGCAUUAAAGAGUUAAAAUUAAUUGUUAAAUGAAGUAUAAUAAAAAGUAUAAGAAUUAGAUAAAGAAAAUAAAAUAAAUAAACUUAAAUGGUAGCAAUAGAUAGAUGAAAUAAAUAAUAAUUCAAAUCUUUAAAUUUAAAAUUUAAUUGAUUAAAUCUAAAGUUUAGAAUAAAAGACAGAAGAAUAUAAGUCAGAAAAUAAUGAACUUAAGAGAUAGAUUAAUUAAAAAGAUGAUGAUAUAAAAUUAAUAGAAGAAAAAAGUAAAUUAGAUUUAUAAUAUUUGAAUUCAAAUUAUAAUAUAAAACUAAGAGAAAAGGAAGAUAUUAUAUAAUAAAUAUAGGUAGACUUAUAAUAAUAUUAACAAAGUGAAGUAGAAUAAUAAAGUUUGAUUAAAUUUUUAGAAAGUGCUAAAGAAAAUCUAGAAAAAUUGUAAAUAGAGAAUUUAGAAUAUACAUAAAGAAUCUAAUUGGCAAAUGAAAAAAUGAUAGAAUAAAUUAAAGAAUAUGAAAUUUAAAUUAUUACACUAAAAGCAACAAUAUAAGAAUUAGAAUAAAGAAAAAAUUAGUUAGAAAUCGAAAAUUAAAAUCAAAAGUCAUUUUAACCUACAUUAAAGAAUUAAGUUGAAAGUUAACUUGCAUAAGAAUCAAAUUAGUUAAUUGAAAAAUUACAAGAAGAAAUUAUAUCUUUAAAAUGCAGAAUAGGGGAUAUGUUAAAUACUGCUUCGGAUAUUGGAGGUCCAAAAUUAGUGGAUAGAUUAUAAUGGGCUUUAGGAAUAAAAGAAUGA